GCUCAGGUUUCCAACUGGUUUGGGAAUAAACGAAUCAGAUACAAGAAAAACAUUGGUAAGUUCCAAGAAGAAGCCAACAUGUAUGCUGCGAGAACUGCCGUGAAUGCGGCUAAUGCAUCCUCACAUGGAAGCCAAGCAAAUUCUCCUUCCACUCCAAACUCUGCAGGUUCUGCUGGCUCUUUUAACAUGUCAAACUCCGGGGACUUGUUCAUGAGCGUGCAGUCUCUCAAUGGGGACUCGUACCAGGGGGCUCAGGUGGGAGCCAACGUGCAGUCGCAGGUGGAUACCCUUCGCCAUGUUAUCAGUCAGACAGGCGGAUACAGUGAAGGACUCACAGCCAACCAGAUGUACAGUCCACAGGGCAUCAAUGCAAACGGUGGCUGGCCGGACGCUCCCACCCCCUCAUCAGUGACUUCACCAACAGAAGGACCUGGAAGCGUUCACUCCGACACCUCCAACUGAUCCUCCUUCCUCUGACUCCCACCUCCUCCUCAAGCCCCGCCCCCCCUCCAGUUGCAUCCCCUCUAACUGAAACUCUUAUCCAUCGUUACCAGACUGGAUGUGAUGUGAGGCAGCAGGGUGCAGUUGGAGUCUGGGGGUUGAUGCUUCCAAACAUUACGAACAAGUCUCCCAUCCGUCCGGACCACCGGUGCAGCACUACCAGCCUGCGGACGGCCUCCCGUUCACCCUUUGUACAGUUUCCACUCGAUGUCCAUGUUGCCUCUUUGUAAUUCCUCCUUACAUCAUCAAACUCCCACCGUCAGCAUCACGGUUUUCGCUCCGCCUCUCAUGAAAUGAAAACGCUCUCACUACCUCUAUUCAGAACAAACCACACAACAAACACUCCAGAGGCUUCACUUUUACACAUUUUUAUAACGACCCCCACAUCACACCCUGGCUUCUGUUCUAAACCUGGUGAUCAGAUCGUUUUCGAUUUAUCUGCAAUGCCAAAGUUCAACCCUGGAGGUGAAUUUUGUUCAUAUUUUUGUUGUUGCUUACUGCAGUCAGUAGGUUGUAAUUCUGCUGGUGUAAAUUCUCCAUCAUCACCGGGACGAGCGGGAAGUAAAAUGUCUUCACGGAUCAAAAAACUGCCUUCGAUGAAACAUUAGUCAGUUGAUCAGUUUUCAGCCUUGAUUCAGUUGUGGAGAACUCUUUAUCCUCACAGUGGUAACAGUGUGAAAGUAUUUCUACCCCUUGUGCCACACACUUCAGAGUACUUUGCUUGGAUUAUAUGUGACAGGUCGACGCAAAGUAUCAAUACAGACAAAAGUGGAAGCAAAAUGCUGCAAAGAUUUUAACGUUUUUCCCAACGUGUAACGAGCAGCACAGGCACAGUUUUUAAAAGGUGUGAAACUUGUGUUUUCACCAUUCCACUUAAAACGUGUUAUCACUUCCAGCAACGUCUAAAACUGUGUUUGAAUCUUCUCAAAUGAAGUGAAAUAUUCUACCAGUGCAGUAAGACCAUUGCAUUUGGUAAGACUUGUUGGAAUAAGGGAAGAUUUCUAGGCUGACAAGAUUAAUAAUCUGCUCUUGUUUCGUGUGUCAGUCUCAAAAUAAGAUCAAAGAUACUUUUUGGCUCAUAUAAGAGUGUCAAACUAGGGUAGAUGAACAUUUAGUCUUUAUUCUAAUGCAUCUCAGUAAUCCAGGUAGAAAAAAAUCAAAAAGAAAAAAUAAGUAGGUCCUCUGGAUGGGUUCUUCUUUAGUUAGUAAUUACAUUAAAAAGUUAGUUAGUAAAGAAGAACCCAUCCAGAGGACCUACGUAUUUUUUCUUUUUGAUUUAUUUAUUCUAAUUUCACUUUUUUAGUUGGGUCUCAGUGGUUGUUCUACACAGUAUUGGCUCAGGAAGACUGGAUACAAAUGUCGGAUUCUGAUUUUUUUACUUGGAAAACGUUUUGACCACCUUGUAUCAUUUUCCUUCCACUUUAUACUUACGAGCUAAAAGGCACAUAAAAUCCCUGUGAAAUACUUUGAAUUCAAGAUGUGUGGAUACUUUUUUCCUGUCAGAUGGGAAAUAUUUGGAGCAAAUUCAGUGUAUAAGAUCCGACAUUGGCAGCAAUAAUAACACGACAGUAAGAGUUAAAGCACAAUACUGACCCAACUAAAGAGGAGCUUUUGUAGAGCUUACAGAAGAAACAGGUUAACCAGAUAAGCUAUCGUACAUUUUCUGUGUAUCGGUGAGGUCACUGUAACCAAGUACUGGUGGGAACCCAACUGAUCCCAAAAAGCAGACAGGUGUGGGCCAGGUCUGGUGUCAAGCUGGCACUGUUGGCUGACUGCUGGCAUGGUAAGUGGUUUGUC